AUGACGGAUCCAACAAUCGAGAGAAGGACAAGUGCUGAUCCCGAGCGCGAUCCGGAUGUCUCGGAGCGGUCUGCACUGACGAAGCAUUCCGACUCCGUUGUCUCAUACGGAGUCAAGUCCCCUUCUCCAAGCACAAGUGACGAAGCCAGCGAUGAUGGAUCUUCGAGUUCAAGAGCCCAGGAUGAAGAGGCGCUCAUCGCCUCGCCUACUUCUACGGACCCUGCCAGGCCGACCUUGAGUAACAAGACCAUACUAUGGAUUUUGCACUCAGCGGUGUUUAUCAGCAAUGCUGAUGCCACAAUUGUGAUGGCAACUCAUGCAAUCAUCUCUUCUGAGUUCAUGGCACUCGAGUCUUCGAGCUGGCUGUUUACUGGCUUCAUGCUCGCAUCUACUGUGACUCAAACAUCCUUUGGCCAGCUUAGUGAGAUAUAUGGACGCAAGCCGUUGAUCAUGGUAGCUUACUUGGUUUUUGCUCUGGGUUGUGGCGUCGCUGGCUCGAUGACGACGGCAAUCCUUGGAAGGGUCCUCUCGGGCUCUGUCAGUGCUGGGACCAGCGUUCUGGUCUCUCUGGUCAUCACAGACAUCCUCCCAAUGCGAGAGGUUGCGACCUGGAGGUCAUAUGUCAGUGUCAUAGGAGUAUUGGGGCGAUGCGUCGGUGGGCCUCUAGGAGGCUGGCUCGCCGAUGUGAUCGGCUGGCGUUUGUCUUUCAUUGGGCAAGCACCGUUGUUCCUGAUCGCAAUCGUUCUCGCCUGGAUGUCCUUGCCGAAUACUCAUCCGAACCAGCGACUCGGCGAGUCCAAGUCCAGCAACCUUCGGAGAGUAGACUUUCUGGGUUCUUUCCUCCUCGCAGCCUUCCUGCUUCUCUUGCUCCUUCCCUUGGAGCUCGGAGGAAGCAAGCUUGAGUGGACAGAUCCGAUGAUAUUUAUCUCUCUCGCUGGAGCUGCGGUUUCACUCGGCCUCUUCAUUCUGGCCGAGAAGUCUUGGGUUGUCAACCCGCUUGUGCCUCUCGAUAUGUUCUACAACAGGCACACAGUCGCGUCGUUCAUCAUAAUGGCCCUGCAGUGCGCAGCUCAGCUUGGAAUGAUGUUCUCUGUCCCGCUUUACUUUCAAGUCACUCAGAUGAUGAGCAAUACUGCAGCUGGUACUCGCCUGCUUCCAGCAGUCAUUGGCAAUGCUAUUGGCGGCAUCAUUACCGGAUACUUGAUACGGAACACUGGCAAAUAUCGGUGGUUGAUUUCCCUGGCCUCUUUAUUGUCAGCUUGUUCCUAUACGCUACUCCUACUAAGAUGGCACGGCAACACAAGCUGGUGGGAGACCCUGUACAUUGCCCCAGGUGGCUUCUCGAUUGGGAUGGCCUACAGCGCUGUGUUCAUUGCCGUGCAAGUCUCUGUGGAUAAAGCGCAUGUUGCGCCAGCCGUCUCAACUCUUUACCUGUUCAAUGGAUUGGGUUGCGUCCUGGGCCUGGCUGCUGCUAGUGCUGCAACCCAAGCUGGCCUGAGGGCCACCUUGGAAAGCCGUUUGUUGCAGAUGCAUCUUGAUGCUGACCUGCGGAGCGAGAUCAUCGAAAAAGCUGUUGCGAAUAUCGAGUAUGUCUACAAGGCCAAGGGAGAUAUCGCGAAUGCCAUCGUCGCGUCGUAUGUCGAUGGGCUGUGGUACAGCCACGUUGUGUCAUUGGUAGCAUCCUUGACAGCUUUCAUAUUGUCAGGCUUGCUGCGGGAUUACAAGAUGUAG